AUGUUGCUUGUCGCAACCAUCAGGAGGUCUCAAACAAGCUCCUUGAGACCUCUGCUACGUUCGUUUCAAGCCCAAUUGCCUGUGGCGGGCAUCAGAUUACAAGUAUGUAGGCGACUGGCAUCAACAUCGACCAAGGCCACGCCAAGCGCCAAAGACGCCGCAGCUCCAGCCGCCAAGUAUAAAUACCCCGAAACAUUACAGCUCUUCCACGCCGGUGUCUCUAGAAUCACAUUCCUGGCCUGUGUGAAAUUGUCGACGAUUCUCCUGUCGGCAUUCUUCAUCUUUGUCGUCACUCCAGGAUACCACGCAAAAGAAGGCUGGAGCGCCACCACCAUUCGCACGGCCCUCUGCGGUGCCGUUCCCCUAUUAUUCGUAGGCUGGACCACAUCGCCAUUCGUGCUCAUGAUCACCACCAAGCUUCCGCCCUUUGCCCGGAUAUCCGAGCAAUAUCUCAAGCGGUAUUUGGCAAAUCUCCCAGCUGACACAGUCUUUGGUGUCACCACCAUGAGUCCCAUCGCCAAGCCCAGAACCAGCAAGGUUAUUCUCUCAGAGCUUCGUCAGACAAACCGGAGAUUGGGCAUAGUAAACUACGUCCGAGACGCGGCGGCAGAAAAUGCCACACGCAAGUGGUAUAAUUAUCGAGCCGUGGACAAGUUCAGCAUCCAGACCAAUAACGCCAAGGGGCAACAAUGGUAUUGGGACGCCAUAGCAAAACACAUCCCCAAGGAAAAGCCUUGA